UGUAGUUACGGCAUGCAUAUACGGUUUCAUUCGAGCCAUUGCAUGGAUCAACACUUGUUUUGGUCCGAACAAAUCUAGUUUAUUUAGUUAUUAUUGCACGCUUUUAGGCGCAUAAUUUUUUCAAAGAUAUGUGCUAAACUGAACAUACCGACCACAUAUGCGAAUGGCACGGGAGAGUAUAUAAGCCGUAGAAUUUCCAAUCAAUUGCAGUGACUUCUCCACUAUGUCGUUCGAUACUUUGCAAAACUCAAGAGCUCUGCGAAGAAUUCUCUCCUCUGUGGCCUUGUGGACAGAGGGUGAAGAACGCGGCUUGCCAGCCAUUGUCGUCUCUCUACUCGUCCAUGUGCCCUUGACAUUCUCCUACACGAUUCUUAUGUGGAUGGAUGUGUACGGCAGUGUUGACCUAACACAGGCUACUGAUGUCCUCUACAUAGCUCUGACCGAGACUGCGCUGGUGGUGAAGAUUUUAAGUCUGUUGUACCACAGAAAAAUGGCCAGACGUAUGUUUGACGAGUGGCAGAGUGGUGAGCAAUUCCAACUGCAAAGCCCCCAGGAGAUAUGGAUGUGGAAACACUCAGUCAGCUCAUUCAGAAUAGUGUCCUUUCUCUACAUUGGAUGCAGCUUUAGUUUCGUGGGCUGUGAAUUUGUUGUUGUAUUGUUUCUUAACGGCUACAAGCUGCCUUUUCCCUAUUGGACACCGUUCAACUGGAACCAACCGAUUUACUACUGGUUUGCCUAUUUCUAUGAGGUCUUGGCCAUGCCACUGACGUGCAUUUCGAACUGUACUCUGGACAUGUGGCAGUGCUACAUCAUGCUGCACUUGGCCAUUUGCUAUCGGCUUAUUGGCAUGCGCUUGCAUCAACUAAAUAAUAAACCAUCCACCAACGUUACGCAGGUCAUAGUUCGAAUUGUACAGUUCGAGCAGAAAGUGAAAAGCAUGUCGAAGCAAUGUGAACGCAUAGUCUCCUACCCGAUACUGGCCCAAAUUCUGCUCAGUGUAUUAAUUCUGUGCUUCAGUCUUUAUCGGCUGCAGAAUGUCAGCUUCCUGGACGACCCCGGGAACUUCAUAUCUCUUGUCCAGUACGCCUUAUGCAUGACAAUGCAGAUCUUUCUACCCUGCUACUAUGCCAACAAACUGACCGUGGAAACCUUGCGCCUCAUGGACUGUGCCUACAAUUGCAACUGGAUGGAAAUGUCAACGAGCGAUAGACGCCUAAUACUGCUCUACAUGCAAUAUUUGAGUCGACCAGUCGUUUUCAGGGCGGGAAAAUUCUUCGAAGUUGGAUUGCCCGUAUUCACGAAGACGAUGAACAACGCGUAUAGUUUCUUUGCCUUGUUGCUCAACAUGGACAAGUAAAGCAGCUCGACCCGUUCUGAUUUCCAAAGGUUUGCGUCUGUGCUAAAUGUACAACUGACAGCGGUGAAAAAAAUAAAUGUUACGCUUUAGAUAUAGCACCUUUAUCGUAGAAUUAAAAAAUCACAAGUGUAUUCGUUGAUUAUUAAAAAACACUUCAAUUCAAACAAAUGAAUUUUUGAGAAUCAUCAAAACUGGGGGUUUGGAGAAACGAAUAGCAGUGAAGUGUACUCAAUAUGUUACGAUUAAAUUCUGCAGUUCGGUAUGAGGAACAUUAAAAAUCUACAAAAGAAUCUAUUUGAAUAAAAGAGUAAAGUAAUUGACUGACUGACGGAUUCAUCAACGCCCAGACAAAACAGCUGAAGCUAACAUCUUGAAAUUUUGAGUGAGGGUCACUCUUGGUCGGAAGAUGUCAGAUAUGGCUGGGUUUUUGGAAAUACCUACUAGAACGGUACGGCAAGUAUAAAAAGGUACUAAAUAUGGUACCCUUUGUAUUUGAGGAAGCUGUAGAGCAAGAACUCUUAAAUUUGGAAUGAGCUUCACUGAUGGUGUGAGUGAUUGAUGUACCAAAGGGAUUUUGGAAAUUCGCAUUACAAUACAGAAAUUUGGUACGAUUUCGUAUUAUGUGAACGGUUAGAGCUAAAAACUUGAUUAAAUUUUGGGUAAACCGGUAGAGUUGGAAGCCUAAAAUUUGCAAAUGAGUACUACAAGAGUACAAAGGUAAAAAGGGUACACAAUUUAGUAUUGAUCGUAGGGAUAGUUAGAUUUCUGAGUUUUGCUGUUUGGGAAUUGGUGUGUUGUGUUGAGAUAUGCAGGUGGUAUUGGAAAUAUGUGCUGUAGAUGUGUGAAAGAUAUUAAAUGGCAGUAAAAUUUUAAUUGUGGUCGAUGUUCGUGUGUAGAUUUGAGCUAUGAAGUGGUUUUGGAAUUACGUACGUACGUACAGAAAAAGUACUAAAUUUGGUAUUUGGGUAAGGAAUUAAGUUGGAAGUCUAAAAUUUGGAAUUAGGAUCAUCUUUUGUGCGAAUUGGUUGUUAUAUGGCGGGGAACUUGGAAAUACCUACUAAAAAGUACGGAAAUACCUAAAACAAAGUACGGAAAUUACCAAAUAGUAUUAACAUUGGUACCUGGGAAAGAAAUAGAGCAAGAAAUAUGCGUACCAGAAGUACUAAAGUGCACUAAAUUGUAAUGGUCGUUUUCGAACACCCCUAUUUUUUUUAGAAAUGGCACAAAAUCCAAUUUUUUCCUUCAGCUGUUAAAAAUAAUAUUCCAAAAUAUUUUGUCAUAUUAACUGCUUAGAUUUUCUUAAAUAACGUGCAUUUAAAUUUAACGUAUUUUUUUGGUUUGCCAACUACAACUUUUACUUGUAACUAGUUCACCGUGAGGUCACCUAGCCAAAUCAUAUGAUUAUGCUGAUUUAGUACAACUAACUUCACCUUAAAAUUGCGCUCAUAGAAAAAAUCAUCAAAACUUCCUUUUCUAAUUCAGCCUUUCUUGAGGUUACAUCGUUUAAUAAAACAAAGGUAAUUCGGCUGAGAAGAAGUCCAACUCAAAAUCUUUCUAGUUUUAAAACUACUUAAAAAUUUUAAGAAAUUCUUUCUGAAUCUAUAUUAUAAAUUUCCAUUGUCGAAUCGCGCAUAAAAAUAUUUUUGGGAUAUAGAUAUUACUUACCAUAGAUCCUGUUUCGUGAAACACAUGAGGCUGCAGAGGCGAUUACGCCCUCAUGACAGGAUUCGAUAAUAUUCGCCAAAUUUAAACCUAUCGUACGAAUGGAACUGUAAAUAUUCCUAAAUCCAACACCUUCAUAUGGAAACCUACCAACCAAGGCGUUCUUAAAUCUAAGAAGAUUUUGGUUCUAAACUAACAAGCUCAUCAUCCUCCGAACUUUCAGUUCCAAAGUGAUACCCCUUUGUGUCAGAAUGUCGAAUUGAACAUUACCACAAGAAUUACUUAAAUUCCCCUUAGCAACAACGACACACAGUGGUCAAUCAUUACAAUUAUUGUUCUUGGGUACCCUAAAGACAACAACAAUGACGAUCGAUUAAAAACAACAACUGUAAUAAGUCUACCGACGCCAGACAGUCUGAAUUCGGGGUACUGAAACAGACGACAACAACAAAAGCCAUAUGUAUGUUACGAAUUCCCAAAAUCAGUAAAGCGAUCGCAUAGCAAAAACCAAAACUGGCUUUACAAUUUACAUAUGCAUACGUCAUCAAUGUCAAUGGAAGAAUUGUCCUCCACCUGCUUGUGCAUAUUCCAGCAUACCAAAGCGCAGCAUCAGUUCCACAUAAUAGUACAAUAUUUUUAUUGCCUUCAACUCAUUAGUUGAUUUCAUUCGAACAGAGUGGACAGAAAAUUCCGUGUAACACAUCAUAUCAUCAAUAUUAAAAUUUAAUAAUCUCUUUAAAUUUAAAUAAUCUCUUCCUAUUAAUGCAUAGUUUAUAAGUAAUAAUAUUCCUCCAUUGCCACAUCAUCAGUAAGGCAAAAUACAAUCUUAUUACCCACUAACGUGCAGCAGAAAAAGGCCCUCUUCAGCAGCAGUGGAUAUGAAAAAUCCGAAUUUGAUUUUUCAUAUGCCUAUUGGCAACGGCAUGCCUGGCCGACAACUCCAAAGAGAAGCCCGAACUGAAUCCCGUUCUGAGUGCCCUCAUCAAUGAGGAUGUCAUGAAGAGCAUUGAGGCCAAGAGGGCUAUUGAAGAAGCC